CUCGCCGGCACCAUGAAGGCCAUCAUCCAGCGCGUCAGCCGGGCCAGCGUGACAGUUGGUGGGGAACAAAUAAGCUCCAUUGGACAAGGCAUUUGUGUACUACUGGGUCUAUCUGUGGAGGACACUCAGAAAGAACUUGAACAUAUGGUUCGAAAGAUAUUAAACCUCCGUGUGUUUGAAGACGAAAGUGGGAAGCACUGGUCUAAAAGCGUAAUGGACAAGCAGUAUGAGGUGCUGUGUGUCAGCCAGUUCACUCUGCAGUGUAUUCUGAAAGGAAACAAGCCUGAUUAUCACAUGGCAAUGCCAACAGACCAAGCAGAAACUUUCUACAACAGCUUCCUGGAACAGCUCCGCAAAACAUACAAGCCAGAGCUCAUUAAAGAUGGUAAAUUUGGUGCAUACAUGCAAGUAAAUAUCCAGAAUGAUGGGCCCGUGACCAUAGAACUAGAGUCUCCUACGGCUCUCAUUGAUGCUAAGCAGCUGGCAAAACUUGAGAAACAGCAACAGAGGAAAGAGAAGACCAGAAUGAAGGUGCCCUCUGAAUCUAGCAGGGAGAGGAAUGUUCCUAGAAGUAAAAAUGAUCCCAGUGCCAGCAGCGGAGCAGAAGGGGAUGUGUCUUCAGAAAGGGAACCUUAGCUA